UCACAUUAUUUAGGCGUUUGGGUCAGGGUCAAGCACGACGAACGUGACCUCCACGGCGGAAAUUAACACUGCUACAAUUAUUUUCCUUCCCGACGAAGCAUCUGCCUCGUUUUAUGUCGCCGCUGCCCUGCUGACUUGUUCGUCUCAGUUUCCACAGCAGCUUGCAGUCGCAGAGAUGGAAGCCCCUGACCAGGAGAAUCCUUGCGCCAUCUGCCUCGGCGGCAUGGCCGCCGGCGGCGGGCAGGCCACCUUCACGGCGGAGUGCUCACACACCUUCCACUUCAAUUGCAUCUCCGCCAGCGUCGCGCACGGCCACCUCGUCUGCCCGCUCUGCAACGCGCGCUGGCGAGAGCUGCCGUUCCUAAGACCCACCGCGCCGGUGCCGCAGCCGCAGCCGCGUACGCUGCCUAGGCUGGGUCGUCCCGUUCCCAUGCACGCCGUGCAGCCUCCGAGCGAGCCCAUAGCAUCGCCUCCUCUCAUGCACGGCGGGAUGCCUCCGUUCCCAGCGCAGGUACCGCUGCCGCCGCACGGGCAUAUCAUGCAGCAUCACCAGCCGCCGCCGCCGCCGCCGGAUGCGCAAAUCAUGCAGCAUCACCAGCCGCCGCCGCACGUGCACACCGUCCAGCAUCAUCAGCCGCCGCCCGAGCCUGCGGUCGUCUUCAACGACGACGAGCAGGUGGAGCCGGCCUCCGGGCAGCCAGCUGACAGCACACCGGCAGCUGCGUCGAACGGGGCAGUGGUCGUCAAGACGCACGCCGAGUACUCGGCCGUCGCCCGGGACUCGUCCAGCGACAACUUCGCCGUGCUCGUGCACGUCAAGGCUCCAUCGAUGGCCAACACCGUGGCGGCCGGCAGCGACAAGCCGCCGCCGCGCGCGCCGCUGGACCUCGUGACGGUGCUCGACGUCAGCGGCAGCAUGAGCGGCCACAAGCUGGCGCUGCUGAAGCAGGCCAUGCGGUUCGUCAUCGACAACCUUGGCCCCGACGACCGCCUCUCCAUCGUGUCCUUCUCCUCCGAGGCGCGCCGGCUGACCAGGCUCACGCGCAUGUCGGACGCCGGGAAGGCACUGGCCGUGAGCGCCGUGGAGUCCCUCGUGGCGCGCGGCGGCACCAACAUUGCCGAGGGGCUCCGCACGGCCGCCAAGGUGCUCGACGAGCGCCGGCACAGGAACGCCGUCUCCAGCGUCGUGCUCCUCUCCGACGGCCAAGACACCUACACCAUGAUGAGGCGCCGUGGAUCGUCUGGCGUCCAGGCCAACAACUAUGAGGAGCUCGUCCCGCCCUCCUUCGCGCGCACUGGCGCUGACGGUGAGUGGUCCGCGCCGAUCCACACCUUUGGCUUCGGCAACGACCACGACGCGGCCGCGAUGCACGUCAUAGCCGAGGCGACAGGCGGCACGUUCUCGUUCAUCGAGAAAGAGGCUGUGAUCCAGGACGCGUUCGCGCAGUGCAUAGGCGGCCUGCUCUCCGUCGUGGUCCAGGAGGCGCGCAUCGCCGUGUCGUGCGUGCACCCCGGCGUUCGUGUCGUGUCCGUCAAGUCCGGCCGUUACGAGAGCCGCGUCGACGAGGACGGCCGCGCUGCGUCUGUUCGAGUUGGGGAGCUCUACGCCGACGAGGAGAGGCGUUUCUUGCUGUUCCUGGCCGUGCCAAGAGCCGAAGCGACAGACGGCGACACCACUGCUCUGGUGAAAGUGGUCUUCAGCUACAGAAACGCGGCGACCGGCGCGGAGGUGAGCGUGACGGCCGAGGACACGGCGGUGGCGAGGCCAGAGCACGCGCCGAGCGCGUCGGAGCGGUCGGUGGAGGUGGAGCGGGAGCGCAUCCGGGUGGAGGCGGCAGAGGACAUCGCGGCAGCGAGGGCGGCGGCGGAGCGGGGCGAGCACCAGGAGGCGGUGGAGAUCCUUGAGAACCGUCAGCGAGCGCUGGAGCAGUCGGAGGCGGCAGGGGACGGCGACCCCAUGAUCAUGGCACUGGGGGCCGAGCUGCAGGAGAUGCGCGAGCGCGUGUCAGACCGGCAGAGCUACAUGCGGUCGGGCCGGGCGUACAUGCUGGCCGGCAUGAGCGCGCACCAGCAGCAGCGCGCCACCUCCAGGCAGAUGCUGGAGCCGGAGGAGCAGCAGACGUUGAUGAGGGCGCGGAAUGGUGGACCGAGGAGGAUGAUCAGAAGAGGAGUGGGGUCGAUCGCGGGGGGAUAUAGGGCGGCGGCGCCAGUGGCCGAGGCGUCCAACGAGGCGACGAUGUCGUACGCGACGCCGGCCAUGCGCGCCAUGCUGCUGCGCUCGCGUGUGGCGCGGGGGGCGUCGACCGAGCAAGGACAGCAGGAGGAGCAGCCGCCCAUGGCCGGAGAAGAAGAUGCCGGGAGCUCCGAAGUGAAGAUCCAAGCCCCAAAGGAGACGUAACCAGUAGCCAUUCUGCAUACGAGCUAUCAUUUCGAGCGAGUUUGGACUUGGAAUAAUUUUAUUGCUUUUUUAUAUACUGGGACAAAUUUGGUGAGUGUUUCUCCUGUGUAACUACUACCUGAGUGUUUUACAGGGACGCAUAAAAGUUUGUUUCUUUUCUGAAACACCACCUGAAGAGUUGUGGAAAACAAAUCUUUUGGGGGUAAACUCGAAUGCAAAUCUCAUGAACA